AUGUCAAACUCCAGUGCAAGUUCUGCCACCAUAACUGCUGUGGCCAUCUUCAGAUUUUGUGAGGGUCAAGGAAGGGCUCUAAUUUUUGAUGCUCAGAUAUAUCUAGUUGGGUUCUACAUUGUGAUUGCGAGGAACCAAGUACAAACAUUAGUCUUAAAGACCCAAAAUGAGAGGCAUACUUUGAUUUGGUCGGAGAUGUGGUCAGGGUACAUCUCAGGGAUGAUGUUUCAUCCCUCUACAUACCUUACAUUGAGCUCUGUGGAGAGUAUUGAUGAUCUUACAGGCACAUUUUCUAUUGAUGCACAUCAAUAUAUCCAUGCCUAUGAAGCAACUCCACCCAGACUUCCGGAAUAUCAAGCGAGGUGGACAAAGUCAGGCAAGAAGCUCAUGCCACAGCCGCAUUGCUAUGUCUCAGUCACCGGAUUUAUCACUGGAGGGAAGGUCAAAUCUGUUGCGGGAUCAGAGCAAACGAAGAGAUUCACUGUUGAAGUUGACUCAAUUGUAUUCCUAGGGUGCCCUGUUGUUACGAAGUCCUUGGGUAACAUCACAAGUCAUGGUCCUUCUUCUAGCGGAACACCAAGCAAACCUGGGAUGAAAUUUGACUUCUCCCAGGUUGCGUGGCCAGCGAAGUGCCAAAGGACUGAAGAGGAUAUUAAUUAG